AGAUGUCUGCAGUUUCCAGUUCGCAGCUACUAUGCCAGAAAGUCUUUUGACUUCUGUUACUAGCAAACGCUCGCAACACUCGUUCCAAGUCCAGCGUACUAAACAGGCCGUUUUUUGGUAGCCGCGUUGGCCACCUCUUCCUAUACGGUAUUCUCCGAUCAUAACUUUUAAACUUUUCGGGUUACCCGAUUGACUCUCCGUCGUCGUCGUUGUCGUCGUCGGCAGUUUCGUCGCUCUUGCGCGCAACCUCCUGCCCGUAGCCUGUAGCGUUCGGUCUCCGGGGCCGUCUCUCGCGCCGCGCGCCGUUGUGCUGCUUAUUUCGGUGUGUAUUAUUGCUGCCGUGUGUUGCCUGUGCCUGCCUGCCUGGCUAUUGCUCUUGGAGAGUUCGUCUCAUCAUCUUCAUCUGCGCGCGCCACUGCAGCCGAAUCAACCGAGGUUCGUCGUCGUCUACCUUCAAGUGCUCAGGAAGAUCAAUUUAGCGUCAUAAUAGCGAUACGCACAGAAGCGUUCGGAAGUUAUAUUACAUCGGCGAUAUUAUUAACUCUCACAGCUUCGCGGACCGCGCUGGAGUUCGGGAGCAGUUCGGGAAUAGUCGCUUUCUCCGGUGGAUGUGCUGUACCGUCAACGGAACCGUACUAAGGAAUAAUCCAUGCGAGAAAAUAAGUGAUUUUGAAUGGUUUCUCAUUCGAUAAAGUGACUUCAAUGAUACCUGGUGUCGAAGGUGAAGCGAUUGUGAUACACAGGAAGAGUUCCAUCCAGAGUGUUCAGCUGGAAAGGUGUUUCGACGAGCGAGCGUCUUCGAUGCGCACCGGAUCCUGUAAUCAAACGUCAACAAUCCUGUGAUUGCUUGCUGUAGACGUCGUUCAAGAGUUUGCUUGGAGAGAGAGAGAGCUGAUCGUAGAAGCGACUACAGCCCCUCCCUUGGUAGGACCCCAAAAACGGUGGUGACUAAUCCGAAGAGUAAGCAGAUAUCAUCAUAAACAAAAAAAAAACAAUCAGAAAAAAACCACUCAUUUUCACACCAACAAUCACCGCAACCCAUCCAGUCAAAACCCUCAAAAUACAAAAAAACCACCACACACAAACCAACCAACCAAAAUGUUCGCGGUGAUGCGAAUUGACAAUGACGACCGUAGGUCCGACUUCCGCCGCAAGAUGCGGCCAAAGUGCGAGUUUGUGUGCAAGUACUGCCAGCGCCGGUUCACCAAACCGUACAACCUGAUGAUCCACGAGCGCACCCACAAGAGCCCGGAGGUGACGUUCUCCUGCGAGGUGUGCGGCAAGUACUUCAAGCGACAGGACAACCUCCGCUCCCACCGAUGUACCCAGUGUGUUUGGCGGUAAGCAUCAACAUCUUUAACAAACAAAAAAUAUACACACAAAACAGACGUAUACAACACGAAAGAAAGAAAAAAAGACAACCACUUCAGAGUAUCAAUUAGGAUGAAGAGAGAGAAAAAAUGUUAAGGUGGACAUCAAGCGAAAAAAAAGUUAGUUGAUUGUAUGAAACACGAUAAAGUUUGCCAUUUUGUGUACUAAAUUUAACUAUGUUAACUCUUAAGAUUAACAGAAAAUCAGAAUUAAUGGCAUCCCAAUAGGAAAAUGUAAGGGAGAAUGCCAAUUGCCAUGCAGAUUUAGCUAUCAAGAAUUCAGUUCAGAAACAAUGCCUAAAAUAGCGGCUUUUGUGUAAACAUUUGAGGUACACUUAUGUGAGUAGAAUUGACCAAUGUUGCCUAAUUUUGGGGCAUCCAUGUUUUCAAGCAGUCGUAAAUCAACCCACAUCAACGCAAGUAACACGAAUCCACGAACGAGGAGAAAAAGAAGAAAAAGAAGCUGUAAAUUUAUGCACGACAACAUUGAAUUUUUAUUAGGAUAUUUCGUUUCGGCAAACAAACGCGACCACACAACAACAGACUUCUUGUUUUUGGUCUUCCUUUGAAAAUGAAGGAUUUUGGUUUGACUUAGUUUUGGCGGUGUCACGGCUAUUUUGAACUGAAAAUAGACAAAUUUCGACAGACUUACUAGAAAAUGACAUUUGCUUGACUGACAAUAUUAGGUUUUUUUCUCCAUACUUGCAACAUUUUUAACACCUUCCGAAAUUACAGAUUAUUUUACUAAGAACACAAUUGAAAAAAAAUAUUUUGGAAGUUCUAAUUUGAAAAAAAGUAGGCAUUUCUCUUUGUUGUGAUUUUUAAAAACAAGUAUUUUCGAAAAAAAAGAAUUCUGCAAGUAUGGAACAACUCCAACGACGUUCAAAAAAACUUCGUAAGCCGCAACUUCAAGUCGCUUGAAACAAGUCCCCAAAUGCUGGCGUUGUUACUCCUGGUGUAGCUUUCGUUGAAACUUGCGUGCGAGUUUCAUACAAGUCACAAUUGCGGCGCACGAUGAACCAUUGCACUGCACCGUAAUGUCCUAAAAAGCGCUAACUUGUGAUGCAAAAUUUUGUACUGAUUUGUUUUUUUACUGCUGAAAUACGCACACGUUUCUCAUUGAUCUUUGAUAAAUACCAGGCUGUGAUAAGCAAUCAAUAGUUCAUCGGGGCUGGCAAAACGAGGAGGCUGGCCAGGAAUCACAACGCUGCACGCAUCUCCGAUCCUAGUUGAAUCUUCUCUCUGUUCACACGCAUACAAACGCACGGUUAACCCACACCCACACAUACGUACGCAAAAUUUGUUAGUUUUAGAGCCAGUGAUUGGCGAACCGUCACUAGUUGCAACAGGCUAAAAUUGCUCUCAAAUAUCAAAUGAUAAGGUUUCGAAAAUAUCAAUUUCCGUUCACUUAUACCCAUUUGUCACACUCAUGCAGGCGAAAAAUUUAGCAAUGCCACCAAUCCAUCUCAACGUUUGAUGCCAACAGCGAUGCGUCAAAAGUAAAGAUGUAUUGGUGACAACGCCGCGACUGUCAACGCUACACUUUCUUUGUUUUGGUAUUUGAUAGCAUUUUUUUACAAAGCUGUCUCAAAUAAGUCAACAAUUUCAAGUCCUUUGCAUGUUUGACUUGUUUGAGCAGAUGCACUAAUGUUGGUCUCAAAAAUCCACAAAACAAAACAAUAGCAAAAAUUCCAACAAUAAAAUCAUUCUUUUUUCUCUUUCUCUCUCCCAUAAACCAGAUCGAUCCAUACAUAUGGAAUGAACGGUAACAACAACAACCGAGCAUAUUGAGCACGCCUCACCAAUUUGUUUUGUCACUGUUUGUUUACUAUACUACAACUACUUUUUAACUAAGCAUGAAACAGAAAGCAAAGAAUCACAAAUCCUAUAAAUUACGAAACAAAACCACACACAUACAUAAACAAUAACUUACUAUACAAAUACAAUGCUUGCACACAAACACAGGGCUGCCCAAGAAUUGCAUGCUAAGAAUCACAUCAAUACAGCUGUAGAAGGGGACGUCCAUAGAUGACGAAGCGCGCACAAGCAAGUAUAGCAUAGUACUGUGUUUUAGAGUAUAUUUGUGAGCUAGUUAACAAACGAAACAAACAAAAGUUGUACAUUUACAAAUUGCGUUAAGCGUAGGGCGAGGCACUUUAAAGUUAAACUUUGAAGGCGAUCAAUCAAAAGUGGAACUACUACUAUUAAUAAUAAUUAUUCCAAUUGUACAUAGCUUUGAGAGGAACGAAACAACAACAACAACAAAAAUGCUUUAAACUUGUUUUUAUUGUCCUACUUCUAAACAAACAUUUUAUACGAGAAAAAGAGUUCGCUUCGUGCGACAAAAGGAAGACAAAAAAAGUAAACAAACAUUUUUAUUUUAAGUUAAGCUGUCACUUUUUAUUCGAACCCUAGGUUAUACGUCUAAUUUAUACUUGAACUAUUAACAUUAAAUCUCCCUUUCUACAGUAAUUUUGUAGCUAUACAUAUAAAC